UUUUUCCAUUUUAUUCUUCAAGGUUAUCGAAUUUGUCGGUCUUCCCAUUCAUUUUUUCCCUUAUCGUAAUUUCCCUUCCUUUUUUCCACCUCUUCUUUAUUUUCUUUCUGUCCAAACAUGUUCUCAUUAUCCACAACAACAACCCCUUCCACUUUCUCCCUCCGUUGUUUCUUUGACCAACACUAUUUCCUUAACGCUCAAAACGUUAAAUUAAAAUUCCCCAGGCGAAAUAUUAGACCGAAAUUCGAAUGUAAAUCCGGUUCUAGUGAUUUAUUCGUUGUUUCGCCUUGUUCAACCAAGCCUCGAACACCUUCCGACACUACGUAUAAACAAGGAGUUUCCGACAAGGUUAAGCUUUUGGUUUCGGAAUUCAAGUCUUUGACGGAGCCGAUCGAUCGCGUGAAAGGGUUAUUGCAUUACGCGGCGAUGCUCGCUCCGUUUGAUGAAUCGGCUCGGUUACCGGAGAAUCGAGUCAAAGGUUGCGCUACCCAGGUGUGGCUCGACGUCAGGAUGGAUAAAAACGGGAAAGUUUGGUUUCGAGCCGACAGUGAUUCGGAGAUAAGUAAAGGGUUUUGUUCGUGUUUGAUAUGGGUAAUGGAUGGGGCCGACCCUGAAGAGGUUAUUGGGGUGACGGCGGAGGAGCUGGCGGAGCUGAACGUCGGAGUCCACGGGAAGGUCCAAUCUAGAGUGAAUACGUGGCAGAAUGUGUUGACUAGUAUGCAGGAUAGAACGGCGGCGUUGGUGGCGGAGAAACACUUGAAAUUAGCUCAUCAGCUAAGACGGCCACCAUUUUCCUCCUUGUCGGUCAACUCUGAUGGAAUUUAGACAAGACAUAUAGGUUUGUUUUUAAGAAAUUAAGCUACUUUCAUUUUAAUGG